AUGUCAGACGCUUCUAAGACAAUGGAAGAUUUCAGUUACGACGACGUAACCCCAAUGCCAUUCAACGAACCAAAAGGCAGCUUAUGUCGAAUUGCUUAUUCUGCAGAGUAUACUACGGUAAUGGGAAUAAUUAGAGCAUUUUUAUCUGUCAAAGAAUAUUCAGAAAGGGCAUUGGCGGCAACGGCAGCGGCCAUCGAGUUGAAUCCUGCUCAUUACACCGUUUGGUCCUAUCGAUACGAUAUCAUCAAGAAUAUUUCAGAAUCAUUAGAACUGGACACAAAACGUCAACAGUAUAUCGAUGAAGAAUUGGAGUACAACGAAUCAGUGGCCAUAAACUAUCCAAAGAACUACCAAAUUUGGAACUACAGAGAAUUGUUAAUUAAACUACAUCCCAACCCUACCCCAAAAAAAGAGUUCCCAUUGCUUGAAGCAAUUAUUAUCGAAGACAAUAAGAACUACCAUACCUGGGCGUAUCGUACUUGGUUAGUGUCGUAUUUCAACUUAUUCGAUGAAGAAUCGGAAAUCAAUUUUGUCAACAUCUUGUUAGCAAAAGAUAUUAGAAACAACUCGGCCUGGAAUUUCCGUUUCUUUUUGAAAUUCAAUAACAAUAACAGAAAACUUACGGAAGAGGAGAUCGAAAAAGAGAUUAGUCACGUCAAGAACUCCAUAUCGCAUGCUCCUCAGAAUUCUAGUUCCUGGAAUUAUUUGACAGGAAUUUAUGAUCGCACUGGAAAAGACAUUAGCGAACUCGAAGAGUUCUGUUUAGAAUUCGGGUCUAUUGAUGAUAUAUUGAUUGAGGAUCUCCGGACAAACGAUGGGGAGGACAACUCAGAUGAUGUUGAAGUAAUUGUGAAAUCGGUGUAUGCUGUUGAAUUACUACUGAAUAUUUAUGCCAAAGAGAAGAAGGCAAAGUCAUUAAAAGCAUUGGAAAUCCUUACAGAGAUAGAUCCUAUUCGAGAAAAUUACUGGAGUUAUAAGAGAUCAUUGCUUGCAUAA